CUGUCAUAAUAAAUUAAUAAAUAUAACCUUAUUGUUUGUGAACAAAACAACGUGAGAAUGUUUUGAAUAGCAUAUCUUUUAUUUAUUUAUCAAAAUAACAAAAUAAAAAUGCUAAGAAAUUAUUUAACAACUAUUCCUUACACCAAAUUUGUAUUAAUAGAAGAUUCUGUACAUGCAAGAGGCAGACCAGUUUUAGAUUUUCUUUUAAAAACACACACACAAAGACCGAAGAAUAAAAUCCAUUAUUUUGUGUUUCAAGAACCUUUUGGUAGAGCUAAAAAUAGAUUGGAACAUAAUAAUCUGGUUUUGUAUGACUGUGUUAGUGAUAAAUUGGGAUGGAGUAAUGAAGCGAAAAUAAAUGAUCUGGAAAGCCUUAUUAAAGCUGUGGCAAGCAAUGAUGUUGUUUUUAUCGAUUCCUUAGUUCAUGUUAUGUAUGAAUAUGGUCUUGCAGAAACUUAUAGGAUUUUAAAUAUUUUGAAAAAUCAGAUAGGUGUACAUCAAAUUGCUACUAUAUUACACCAGGACUUGAUAGAAGAUAAAUUAAGAAUUCACCAAUUGUUGGAACAUUUAAGUACACUUACUUUAAGUUUGCAACAUAAAGAAGAUGUAGAGAAGGGAAGAAUUAUUUAUACUUAUAAAAAAUUGGGUGGAAAAGUAGUUAAACAGGUGGAGGAAUUUUGGUUUGAAGGAGAAAACCUAGUAACACAAAAAAUAGACAAGGUUGAUCCAAAGCAGAUCAUAGAAAAGGCUUUAGCUGUAGAUAUUAAUCCAGAAACAUUAUCCACCUUUAAAAUUGGACUCAGUGAUGCUGACAAGAAAUCUAGGGAUGGAUUGGUUUUGCCUUAUUUACCAAAACAAGAAAAUCAAGAGAAAGUUGAAAAUGGAAGAAUAUUUUAUGAAUUUGAUGCAGUUGAUGACUGGGAUGAAGAGGAUCCUGAUGAUGAUUUAGAUAUAUAGAAACGAUAUACAUACAUUAACUAGAAAUAAGUCUUACGCCGGUGCAACAGAUGUGUUCAGAUAUUAAAUAUUACAAGCUUUAAAAUAAAGGUUCUAAAGCUCAGUUAAUGAAGAA